UGAUUUCAGCCCUGUAGCGUCAGGAUUGCGUCAAUUUGGGUUUCAACCACGUCUUCAGUCUCGGAGCGGAGCUACUCAGAGGAGCCAAAACAGGAAGGGGGUUGCAAAUCAGUGUGCAAAGGGGAGGACCGAAGCUUCCCCUCCCCCCGCUCCUCCAGCCCCCUCUCAUCCUCCUCCUCCACCUUCCCCACCGCUCUUGUCUCCAGGUCUUUUUUUCCGUUGUUUGUUAUUAUUAUUAUUAUUAUUAUUAUUUUCUUAUUUUUUAAAACCACUUUGGAAAAGCCGGCUGCCCGGGUGGUUUGAGAGACAGGAGGAGAGCUUCGGAGCUCCGGGCAGGUCUCUGGACACCGAGGGGGAGGCUCAGGCUCCUCGGUAGAAAGCUCCAGCACCGCAGGCAGAGGCUCCAGCACCGUGGACAGCAUCCCCAGGGCCGGGGAUAGCAUCUCCAGAACCGCGGGCAGCGCAAGCCACCAACAUGGCUCCGAUCGCGGCCAGCCGCCAGCACUUCGAUGAAAUUCCUACAGUGGUUGGGAUCUUUAGUGCAUUUGGCCUUGUCUUCUCUGUCUCUCUUUUUGCUUGGAUCUGCUGCCAGCGCAAAUCUUCUAAAUCCAAUAAGACCCCUCCAUAUAAGUUUGUCCAUGUUCUGAAGGGAGUUGAUAUUUAUCCUGAGAAUCUCAACAGUAAGAAGAAGUUUGGAGCAGAUGAUAAAAGUGAAGCAAAGAACAAAUCAGCAAUGCCUAAGAAUUCUCUCCAUCUAGACCUGGAGAAGAGAGAUUUAAAUGGCAAUUUCCCCAAAACAACCUCUAAAACGCAGAGCUCUCCAGAUCUUGAAAAUGUGUCUCCGAAACACUUUUCAGAAAGGAAGAAAGAUUCAGUAUCCCCUGAUAGUUUAAAGUCCAUCACAUCCUUGUCAUCUGAAGAAAAACAAGACAAGUUAGGAACUCUCUUUUUCUCUUUAGAGUACAACUUUGAGAAAAAGGCAUUUGUAGUGAACAUCAAGGAAGCACGUGGGCUGCCAGCAAUGGAUGAACAGUCAAUGACUUCUGAUCCUUACAUCAAAAUGACAAUCCUGCCUGAGAAAAAGCACAAGGUGAAAACCAGAGUGCUGAGAAAAACCUUAGAUCCAGCUUUUGAUGAGACUUUCACAUUCUAUGGGAUCCCCUACAGCCAAAUUCAAGACUUAACACUUCACUUUAUGAUCUUGAGCUUUGACAGGUUUUCCAGAGACGAUGUCAUUGGAGAAGUCCUCAUCCCCCUUGCAGGAAUUGAAUUGUCAGAAGGAAGGAUGCUAAUGGACAGAGAGAUCAUCAAAAGAAAUGUUAGGAAAUCAUCUGGGCGUGGAGAAUUACUGAUCUCUCUCUGUUAUCAGUCUACAACAAACACGCUAACUGUUGUUGUUUUAAAAGCCAGGCAUCUACCUAAGUCUGAUGUGUCAGGAUUAUCAGAUCCUUAUGUCAAAGUGAACCUGUACCAUGCUAAGAAAAGAAUUUCUAAAAAGAAAACCCAUGUGAAGAAGUGUACCCCCAAUGCAGUGUUCAAUGAAUUGUUUGUCUUUGACAUUCCUUGCGAGGGCCUUGAUGAUAUCAGCAUUGAAUUUUUGGUUUUAGAUUCAGAUAGAGGGUCAAGAAAUGAGGUCAUUGGCCGGUUAACCUUGGGAUCUUCAGCAGAAGGAACAGGUGGAGAGCACUGGAAGGAAAUUUGUGAAUAUCCUAGGAGACAAAUUGCCAAAUGGCAUAUGUUGUGUGAUGGUUAGCAGCUCAAAGAAAGGUUGGAACUUGAAAAACUAUAUAUAUUUCCAUAGGCAAGGAGCAGUUUUCUUUCUUUGCUAUGUAUAAUUACAGGCUUGUAACUACAAGACUUUUUUUUUUUUUUUUUUUUUUUUGUGGGGGUGGGGGAAUAAAAACUGGAUUGAAUUAUCAAAAUAGAAGGUAAUUAAAUUUUCACAGUAAAUAAAGAAAUUUCUAUUUCAUUAGGCUUUAACUUAAUUUGAUUAAAUUUAUAUUCUUCUGUAGUUUGCAUAGCCUAAAACUUCUUCAGCAGUAUAAACUUCAAUAAGGACUACGUUUUACAAAAAAAAAAAAAAAAAAAAAAAAAAAAAAAAAGUCACUGGAAACCUUAUUAGUACUGUUAUACAGAAGAAGAUAACCUCAUUAAAAUAUAUUGCUAGAUCCAAGAACACCAAAAAAAAAGGCUGGCUUAUUGUGGGAGGGGAUUGAGUCUAUAAAAGCAAUGGGGAAUGAGGGUGAGUAGGAGGGCCAUUCCUUCUGGCCCUCUAUCAUAAACCUUCUUUUAUGAAAAUUCAAUCAUUAUUUGUAAGUUUUGGUUACUUAUACUUUGAUCAUCCCAAAGACGGAAUAAUUUUUCAGCAAUUUGCUUUAUAUAUCACAUCAUGUGCAACUAGUUGUUUUAUGUGUGGAAAUACUCUAUAAUGAUUUACACUUGGAUUUUUUUUAAUAUGUAUAUAUAUAACAUGUUUUGUUACAGUGACCAAAACAGAUACAUUCUACAAAUUGUUGAGUAAGUUAACGUACAUUGUCUUGUCAAAAGGGCUCCUUUACGGGUGACUGUACGUGUUACAGUAAAGUUAUUAAGCACGGCUUGCAUUCUUUCUCGUCUAGUAAGGAUUACACCUUUAGCGUUUCAUGCCAAGAGAAAGCACUUAAAAUGAGAUGUGGAAACACAGAGGACACUACCAUCAAUGACCUUUCACAAUUUAUAUUUCAAGCCGUUCAGUAAUACUAAAAAAAAAAAAAAAAAAAAAAAAAAAAAAAAGUUUAUCUUUUUGAUUGUUUCAUUAAAUGAAAAACAAAGAAAAUUGUGAGACAGAGUACAAUACCUUUUUCAGCUAGCUGUUUAGCUUCCUGAGCUGUGAGUUACAUAUCACUACAGUCAAUAAGCCUACUCACAAAAUACAAAGUUCAAUGCAUUUUUGAACUUUUACAGGAUAGAAAAAAAAAAAAAAAAAAAAAAAAAAAAAAAACUAUCAUUUUAAUUUAUACAGUAUUAUGUUAGACAUACUACUUGAAAAGUGCAUUUCACUUAGCUGAUAUGCAUUAAUGUCCAUUACUGAUUGUACUAAAAAUUGGUGGUGGUAAGAAAAGUUUUAUAAUUUCAUGCUAUUGUGACAUAUGUAUGCUUAAACUUAAGUUGUGCCAGCCUAGGGGGAUAUAGUGUCAAAACCCAAGUAUAUAAACAGAGCAUUUAGGCCUGUGAAAUUUACUCUUGGUCACACACUUCAUGCAUUUUUAGGCUGUCAGAACUAUAGCACAACUAUAAGAUUACUUCCUAAAGUUUGUACACUGAUUUCUGAUACAGAAGUUUGCAAAUACUACUCCUAUGUCAUUUUUAAUUACAAUAUAUAUGUAAAGAAGAAUAUGAUGCUGUUAGUUGUUAACUGAAGAAUGGUUUUAAAAGUGGAAAAUGAAAAAAAAAAAAAAAAGUGUUUUAGAUGUUCAGAUGUUCAGUUACUCUCAUUAAACAAGGGAUGCAGGUCUUAUUCAAAACUGUUGGGGAUUUGUUGAUUUUUCCCUGUUCCCAUAUGGCCAAAUUAUGUUUGCAGUAAAGGACACUGAAAUAUGAAAUAUGCAAGUAGAGAAAUAGUACUGGAAGAAUUCUAUUGAGGCUCUUUCAGGUUUUGUGUCAGUAAUUUCUCCAGUUUUUGAGAAUGUGUUUGAUAUAACAGUGUUUAUAAAGUUCUGUAAAAAUUCAUUUUCAAAAUAACAUAAACAUGCUUUUUAUGAUAACGCUCAAUGUAAAAAAAAAAAAAAAAAAAAAAAAGUGUAUGUAUAAAGGAGAGGAUUUUUUUUUUGCUUAUUUCUUUAGAAAGCUGAUUAACUGCUCAAGGGCUAGAGUUUUCCAACCCAAUUAUAUCAAGUAGAUACAAUUCAAAGACACUAGGUCAAGGAAAAGAUGACCACAGGCUUCAGUGGGGUUUGAAGUGGAAUCACAGAGCAAAACUCUUCUUGUGAGAAAACCCAGCAGAACGGGACCAUUGGUAGGGGGAGACACUCUUUGAUUUAAUAUUGUCUGGAAGAGUUUAAGGCAGUACCAUGUGGCCAGAAUUGUUACUAUUUCCAAUAAGGACAGAAUUUUAUUAUGAAAGCGAUUGCACCAAAUAGAGUGGGAUCUCCUGCAAUUUAAAAAAAAAAAAAAAAA